ACCAUUCAAGGGAGUUUAAAUGGAUUUUAUCAUUGAGCUUGGUUUGAAUGCUGGUGCCAUUGUUGUGUUGCUGCCCUUUGAGUUCUAAAGAUUUGUUGUUGUUGCUCACUUUACCCUUUUUUCUUAUCUGAGCUUUCCUUCCUGCAGACUUCCCUCUUGUGGUUUAACUUUGCCAUUAUCAAAAGAACACAUUUUCAAUAUACCUGUUUGGUUUUCCUAGUCCCUGCCCCUCCCUGUGGGCUGAGCCAAAGACCAGCUCUGAUGUCAAGGCAAAGGCUCUCAAAUAACAAAUCUUUUCAGAGGAGCAACAGGGGGAGAAGUGGCUAAGAACUCACACUUGUCCUUAAGCAUUCUUUAGUCAGCAAGCACAGUAAGAAAUCUUUACCUGGAAAUAUCACCUUUCUGAAGCAGGAAGACAAAAGCAACAUUUUCCAAAGAUGCAAGCUUCAGAAGACAAAGAGGGAUAUCAGAUGGCUUCAAGGAGUGACUGGAGAAUGGUUUGAAGAAAUUCAAAGAAAAAAGUUUUGCACUGAAACAGAUGUUAGCCAAAUGAUAAAACAACCACUCACACACAGGCUAAGGAUGGCAAAAAAUGAUCCUACAGAGUUACAAACAUCAAGAUCUAAAAUUCUAACUAAUCAAAAAAAACCCACAUCUGCGCCUUCCCGACUGAGCUUCAGAUCGUCAUUUGCUUCCUUGUUCUCAUUCAGAAAACCUGGGAAGGAGACUUUAAAGCUUCAAUCUCUGGGACAGAAAGGGUGUGGUGGCCAUGUAGGACCUCCUGAGCCUGCAAGGGGAACGACUUUGCAGGCAAAAAUAUAUAGUUCACCUCUGGAAAAUCAACCAGUUGACAGCGCGUCUGUCCCCACACCAGCAAUCAUGAGGGUGGGGAGUGGAAUGCCUCCUCCAUGGGAUGCUUCAGUUCUGGACAAUGAGUUUUUCCAAGUUUUAGAUGAUUUGGAUAGCACACUGGCUCAGGAGCAGUCUGAAAGUUCAGUAAAUACCAACAUGUCCCUAAACUACGGAUCAAGAACACCCUUCAGUCGUUCUUACUCCAGUGGGAACAGACGUGGCAAUAUCAUAGGAACACACAAACAUCGCUACAAUGAAACUUCCAAUAUGUCAAUUUAUGACAUCCUGCGACCAGGAACUCCUAGAGAAGGCUUUAAAACCUUUUCUCCCAGGACAAGGACAAUUUGUGAUAUGUACAGGUCAAGGGAGCCCAGAAUCUUAAAAGAAGAUUAUGCGCAAAAGAAUACUCUUGGUAGUACGUCUCUAUGUUUUGACAGCCGGCAACGAACAGCCUCAUCAGCCCCAAGGCAUUUCACAGCAAGAAGCGUACAUUUUCCAGCCACAACUCAGAACAAGAGUAGGUUUGUACCACCACCAAGCCACCAGCGGACCCCAAAGAGAACUCCUUUGUCAUCCAUCAUAUGGAAUAGAUCAGAUUCUUCUGGAGAUAGGCAGAACCAGGAAGAAUUUCUGAGGGCACCAUCACCCAUGGAAAUAGACCCUGCUGACCAUUAUAUGUACCCAAGGUGUUUUCAGGAGAAUAGGAGAUAUGAAUUUUACCAUUCACGGAAUGUUUUCCAGAGUUCUAGUUUAAAUGCCCCCAUGGAUAAUGCAAUGAGUCCUGAUGCAUUUGAGAACUCAGAGAAUAUGCCAUUUUACUAUCAAGACAACGUAUUUGCUAGGUCUUUCUUUAGCAAUACCUUUAGACAAAGCAGAGAACAGAGAUUUGGACAAAGUUCUUUUUGGAACCAACAGAAAGAAUAUUUUCCCUAUUCUGACUUUCAUCCAAGUAGGAAACCAUUCACUUCUGACAGAGACUUUGAAAUGAUUUCCAUUGAAGCAAAUAGUGCAUCAGCUAUUCAUGGUCAUAGUAUCCCUUCUCGACACUGGGAACCAUUUUCUUCUCAUUAUGGAACAAAUCUUUUCAGAGGCCAAGAAGAGCCACAUCUGUGGCAACCUGAUUUUCAAACUUCCCCACCAGAGAGCAUGGAGAUAUCACCUGGUAAUGAGAGCCAAUCUACUCAUUUUGGCACACCUAAUGUUUACUCCAGGACUGGUUCAGGUUAUCACAUCAAAUCUAGUGGGUUGGAAUGUCAUCAGGACAGUUCUCCUAGAGAAGUACUUAUAAACAAAGAACCUUACUCAUUUGGAAUUGCUUCUCUAGUGUCCUCAUUCAAAAAUUCCUUCUCCAGGAUUCCUGAUGAACAAGGGAAUUCUCAGAGUCCCAACUUUCAGCAGUCUACAGUGACUUUGCAGAAAAUUAUUCCAAAUAAUCCAGAUACCCUUCCAGUAAGAAACCAUAUGGAGGAUAUUGUGACAGAUAGCAAUUCAACUGAUUCUCUGUCACUGACUGAAAGCCACCUUAAUAUCUCGGUCACAGAAAUGAAUAAUGAGAAGAACUUGACUGAAUCUAUUUUAGAAGAAGACAAACAACUAAACAAGAUGGACCAGGUGAACAUAACAGGUGAAAUACCCCAACCUGUUUCACAGACAGUGAUCUCUAGCCCUUUAACGGAUUCUCAGAAUUCUCUCUCCCAGGACUCAGCCAAGAGCAAUAGGUUUAAUUUUAAUGAACCUCCCAAAAUAAAUUUCAAAAGGUCACCCAGAGUCUUUUCCAGGAACGAUACUUCCCAAAUGUAUGCAUCACACAGAGAGAAGGCCAAUGAACUUAAAAAAGAGAAGAGUUUUCCUGGGGACAAAAAACUUGGUUCAGCAACUUCCCUUUCUUUCACCCAGGAAAGCAUAACACCACCAUCUUUCCUUGGCCCAAAUCAAGAGUGUCAUCAGGAAUUAACAGUAGGUAGUGAGGAUAGUUCAAGCAUUAUUAAAAAUCACCACUGGCACUCUGAACCUAUUGAUACUCAAAACACACAGUCUCCAGAGGAAGCUGUUAUUUCAGAUACUGAACAAUGUCCCACAACUCACUCUACUAACUGUAGCAAGCUGGCUGCUGGGAACAAUAGCUUAAGCAGUUCUUCAGGUCUGUCAUCAGGUGCACCACCAGAUUCCUCACCAUCAAAUAAUUCUUUCCCUGAUGAACUUAUGAUUCCUUCUACUACAGUGUUCUCCAGGAAAAGUACUUCAGACAAAGAUCUACUUCUGAAAGAAAGGGAAGGAAAGGACAAUGCUAGCAAAAACCAAAAUGAUCAGUUUGCUGUAAGCCCCUCAGGAAAUCAGAAGAGUACGGAUAGUCACAUGCCUGUAAGUGAUGAAGUGGUUGAUGUUGUCAAAUGCCAUUCAUGCUCUCCAUUCAGAAAUGGAAGGGGAAAAGGGAAAAUAAGACGUCGCAUAUCCUGUAUUGAAAAGUUAAGCAAAAUAGAAAAUAGGUCAAUACCCAUCAGUGAAGGCAGUAGCCUCAUUGAGGAGAACCAAAGCAAUGAGCUUAACACAAUUUAUUGUACCUUGCCAAGAAAAUCAGCCAGUUUUCUCAUAAACAGCAGACAGCCUGAAAGUAAGAUAAUGGCUGCUUCCAUUAGGAAUGGACCACUCCCAUUCCAAAUAAAAAACAAUGUGGAAGAUCCAGUUGGGAAGUAUCAAUCCAGCAAAUUCAGACCCAGUUCUCCUGAGUUGGUAAGUGAAUGUUCCAAAGGUGUUUCAGACUCAGUCCCCGUAGCACCUGAAGACACAGAGAAGAAGACAUAUAUGAAAGGUAUUCGAAAUGCUUCUGUCAGAAAAGGACCACUUCCAUUCCUCAUCAAGAGGGCUAUGUCCUGUCCUUCAGGGGAGCCAUGUGCCUCAACUGGAAAAGAUGGAAGAAAAAAGCCAUCAGUUUCAGACACAGAUACUUAUGCUAUAACACCAAGCCCUUGGGAGAGAAUGGUUAACUCUCUGGAAAAUGACUCAUCUGUUAGAGAUUGUUCUUUAACCAAAAGACACCAUCUAAAAGGAUUCUCUCCAGAAUGCACCGAAAAGGAUGGUGAAACUAUUGCCUCCAGGACGAGUGUAUUUUCCCUUUCAGAUGAAGAUCCAUUACCUUUUUGUGCAGAAUCGUCAGGAAAAGAAUGCAGGAAAACAUUGCAUAAAUUUAAGACAACUAGCACAUUUUCUGUUUCUGGUGAUGAAGAAAAUGUAAAAUGCCUUGAGGUGGUUUCUAUAUAUUAUACUCUACCAAGGAAACCCAGCAAAAAAUUCUGUGAUCUCCUUCAACGGUAUACACAAAAUGCCAGUCCACUUACAGAAUCACCUCAGGUGGAAACUGAAACAUUUCCUAAUGAUUUAGAAAGAGAUGAACCAACUUAUUCUCCACCAGACCAAUCAGAAACACUUUCAGCUGAAGAUCUAACGGUACCAGUCAACUCUGCUCAAAGUUAUCUUUCUCAGACCACUGAAAACAUGGCUGUCUUCAAAUUACCAAACAAUGGGCUCUCAGAAAUGGCUUCUGUUGGGACAGAUGUUUGUCUUCAUAAGGGAGAAUCUAAAACUAGAAAUACUUCCCCAGACAACUUAGCUAAAACACCUUUAGGUGAUUUACAAAGCAGAAAAGAGAAAGGGGGAAAAUGUCAAAGUGGAACCCUGCAUACAUCAGUAAUGCUUCAGGAAAGAAAUGGUACCGGCAAAAACUCUGAAACCUCCAUUAAUGCAGGAAAUGGUCUCCCAGCCCAUUUAGAAGAUAAUGUUGAAAAUUCUCAAACCAGAAGUUCCAGGGAGUGCGCAGGUAGUGGUAUAGACUUUAUAGCUACUGCAAGUGGAGAGUGUCCUCAAAAAGAUCACACAGUGAUAUUUGUAGAUGAUAGCUCCAGUGGAUCACAGCCAAGGGAGGUCAGAGGGAAAACUGAAACAGAUUGCCAUAAAAGAACUGAUAGAAUGCUUUCUGAUUCAGAAAACCGAGUCUUUGCUUUAAUUCCGGCAUUCCAUAAACUGCAAGUAGUUGAAGAGACUCAUUCAGGUGAACAAGAUUUAGAGAAUUUAGAGUCUGGACCCAGAGAAUCAUCUCAAGCAAGUCAGGAUAUAAAUAUAACAGGAAAUAUAACAGAAAGCAGGAAGGUUAAAGAUGAAAUGCAGAAAUUAGCUCGGGAUCAAACUUUACUUCCUGGAGGGAGUAAUGAAAAUAAAACUAACUUGGGUAACCCAGAAAAAGCAGAAAACAAACCUACAGUUAAACAUAGAUUGGCAGCCAUGUCUAAAGCAAACAGAAAAUUCCCCACUAAGGACUUAAGUCCUAGAAGACAUGUAGCUACUAUCUUCCCCCAAAGCGGGAGCAAAUCUGACUUUGGCCAUUUAUCACUUGGCAAUCUGGAAUGUGACCCACUGUCCCCUGAGCCUACUCCAAAUUCCACAGGUUCCACAGAUGAAAGCUGCUUGAGUAAUAAUGGGAUGAAUAUGGAGAAAUCUGAGAACCCUCUCCAGGAUAUGAUAACAUCUGGCAGAGAAACUUCUAGCCACUCCUGUGAUCAGAAGUCUGACAACAUUUCACAACUACAUCAGAAUGAGUUUCAAAAUGUCUCAGAAUCACCCCCAAAGCAUGAGAAUUCUGAAGAUGUGACAGUAGCUCAGAUUUUGGAAAAAGAAUCAGGAACCCCAACCCAGCUCACAUUCACCAGCCUCAGAGAAGCUGACUUCUCUGACCAGCAGAAGAGGCUGAGCCCUCCUUUUCCACGGGAGCCUGCACAAAAUUCUACAGUCAACCUCUCACUGGCCAGUUGUCAGCAGCAACAAAGGUGUGCUUCAUCUCCGAACAGGGAAUCUGAGCCACAUCUCUAUCGUUCAAAGAGCUUAAAGAACAUCAGUGUGCUAGGUGAUCAGCUAUAUGUAAGUGGACCUCCCAAAGUCAGGGAGCGCCAUUUUUCUGAAAGCACUUCUAUUGACAAUGCCCUGAGUCAACUGAGCCUUGCGAAUGAAUUCUCUACCAACGCUGGAUAUGGCAGAAGAUUCAAAUCUUUUUCUGAACUUCCUUCCUGUGAUGAAAAUGAACGUUGGACUUUGUAUAGCAGCAGGACAAAAACAGUUCCCAAGUCUGCAUCAUCUAUAUCCAGACCUAUUGACUAUGGAAUUUUUGGGAAAGAACAACAGUUGGCUUUCUUGGAGAAUGUAAAGAGGUCACUCACACAAGGAAGAUUAUGGAAACCAAGUUUUCUUAAGAACCCAGGCUUCCUGAAAGAUGACGUAAUCAAUCCUUCCAACACAUCAGAGUCAUUAAGUUCAAAUUCUCCUAGCAGUCAGGUGCCAAAAGAUGGCUUAUUUGCCAACGAACCACUUAAUAUAUAUGAGGAGGACCCAGUGGACUCAGAUUGUGACACAGACACUACCACAGAUGAUGAAUACUACCUGGAUGAAAAUGACAAAGAGUCAGAACUCUGAGGCUUUUUCAAAAAAAAAUGCAUAAUGCAUUGCAUUUUUGCAUUUUUCUUUUCACCAAAAGUUUAUGAUACAAAUAAUAAAAAUUUUUAUGUCCAUGGGAACACAAUAUAAAUGAUCCUAACUCUUUAGUUGCCGGCCGUGCUGACCAUCUGGAAAUUUCACUCCUUUCAGGGUAAAGACCAAAGGAUAGUGGUGAAAAUAAUUUGUUAGACCUACAGAGAACUCAAUAUUGUGACAGUCAUCAUGAGUGGAUUUAAAAAAAAAAUUUUUUUUAAAUCUUUUUAGUUGUCGAUAGAUCUUUGUUUUAUUUGUUUGUACUCGAUGCUGAGAAUUGAACCCAGUGUCUCGAACAUGCUAGGCAAGCAUUCUGCCACUGAGCCACAACCCCAGCCCCCCCAAGAGUGCAUUUUUGUCAUGCUUGAUUUGUCAUUUGCUUCCAUUUGAUUUUAUUUUCCAUUUUUCUAACUUACACGGUUUCAUCCAUAUAAACUAAAGAUAAUGACAGGUGUUGGUGAAGUGUACAAAGAUCUGGCACUGAUACAAAUGUAAGAACUAUGUUAUUAUUAUCCUCCUAACCAUUGUCUUGUCUAGAAGCAAAAUUCCAGGGCUAGUUCACAUUGUUCCCAUGAAACUCAAAACUAAUGAAGAUGAGGUAACUAACAUGAAAGCUCUUCCUUAAAUCUGUCAACUCUUUUAAAUUUCAAACUUUCACCAAUGUUGAGCUCAAAGAUAUGGAGAAUUUUAAAUAAUUUGUUCUGAACUUUUGAAUUUAAAUGUGUAUGAUAAAGAAUAAAUAAUGGGCUGGAGUGUAGCAAUUCAGGGGUAGAAUGCUUGCCUACAAGAGACUCUGAGUCUGAUCCCUUGCACACACACACAAAAUCAGAGAAUAACAUUUUAUUCACUGUAAUGUCUACCUUUCCCCUUUUUCUAUUUAUCUUAUUAUUUAAGUUAAAUUUUCGUAUACCAUGACCUAUAUUCUCCACGUGAUUUUCAAGAUAUUCAGAGUAAAUAUUUUAACAUUAUGAUUCUUGAUUUUUUAAAUGAUCAGCUUGAAAAUUCCAUUUCAAUACAUACUUUUGAAUCUACAUGUUUGCUACAAAAACUGAAAUGAAGUUAGUUUGUUUCUCGGUGAAUGAGGCUCUAUCACCAAUUAGGUGAGUGAGGUAAGGAUGAACAACUGCUUUGAGGCCCAGACUCUGCACUGGAGUUUAAUGUCUGAACUCAAGGUGAUGGAUGGCCAAUGCUGCCUGGCACUAUUUGUAAUGUUUGCCUGUUGGUCUGGCUCAAGAAUCAAGAAAAUGGAAAAUUCAUGAAAAUAGCACUUUGUACAGUUUUCUACUUUUAUAAAUAGCACUUCGUUAAAGAAGUAUAGUAAAUUUCUAUGUAUUUUAACAUACAAACUGCUUUUGUAAUGUUCACUUUUGGUCAUAGCUAUGGUAACUUAUAUUAGUCAUUUUAUACUCAUAAUGUUUUUUAAAUAUAUAUAUAUCAUUAUUAAAAUAAAUUCUCAUGUAGAUGGAGUAAACCACUAGGGAAUCAAUACUAAUAAGUACCUAGCAAAUUAUUAACUUAUUUAGAUAGUAGCCUAUUAUAAUCACAAACUUUAUACCGUUAAAUGUAUUUAAGAAGACUUAAUGAGAUUAUUUUAGUUUUUAGGGACAUCCCUCUAAAUAAUUUGCCCUUAUAUCGUAAGCACAUAGAUGUUAGUAAACCCCAACUGCAAUAAGAAAGGGUUUGGCUAAAAAAAACACCCUACUUCAUAUGGAAGGUAAAUAUGUGACCUGGAGGUGAUGAAAGAAAGUCCACUUAGGUUAUGAUAAAGAUGGGAAUCACAUGAAGAGUCACACUUAUGUAAAAUUAAUACCAUCCAUUGAAUGCCAGAGGGUUAAAGAGGCCUACUAGUAAGUUUAUUGUUAUUAAUAAAGCUUCAGAAUAGCCUGUUUUAAAAAAUCCUGCUUGAAUGUACAGUGUAAAUAUGUAAACAUUUUAUUUUCCAAGUCAAUUUCCAAGAGACAAUAAGUGUCUCUUUGUGACUUGGCAAUUCUGUUUUUGAAACAAACAAGUCAUAGCACUUUUGUUAAAACUGUCAAAUAAUCCUUUUAUGAAGUUGUUCUCAGACCUCUUCUCUAGGUAUUAAAUGUUAACAGAUGUAAAUUUAAAAUAAUGGUUAUGUUGAAAUAAAUGAUUCAAACAGA